CCCGGAAGCGGAAGACGGUCGGGAUGGGGAAGGCGCCGCUGGGGCGACGAGCGCGGGGCUGCCGCCCGUGAUUGCAGGGCGGGGAUGGCCGGGGCCCGGGGCGGCCCCUCCCUCCUCCAGGGCGGCGGGGCUGGGGAGCGCGCCUUGGCCGAGCUCUUGCUGGAGUUUUCCAGGGCGCAGUACCGGGCCCGGGAUGGUGGCGGCGGAAGCGGCGGAAAGGUGGAGCGUAUUGAAAAAUGCUGCCUUGAAUUGUUCAGCAAGGACUAUUGCUACAGCCUGAUCCACAAUGCGAACGGUGAAAUCUGCAGCCACUACCCCCGGCAGAUCAUCUUCUUGGAAUAUGAGAGUACUGAUCAAGAGAGGCACACGUACGAGAGCACCGUCCAAGUCGGCAAGCUGCAAGACCUCAUCCAUCGCAGCAAGAUGGCGAGAUGCAGAGGGCGGUUCGUCUGUCCCGUCAUCCUCUACAAGGGAAAGCACAUAUGCCGCUCGGCCACCUUGGCUGGAUGGGGAGAACUGUACGGGCGCACGGGAUACAACUACAUUUUCUCAGGGGGCUCAGAUGAUGCCUGGACAGAUACCGAGGACCUGUCAGAAGAGGAUUCAGCCUUCAGAAACGCGGACUCGCAGCUGUUCGACAAGGUCCGGGGCCACGACAUCAAGCUGUUGCGAUACCUGUCAGUCAAGUACAUCUGUGACUUGAUGGUAGAAAACAAGAAAGUGAAGUUUGGCCUGAACGUGACGUCUUCUGAGAAGGUGGAUAAAGCUCAGCGCUAUGCCGACUUCACCCUCCUCUCUGCCCCAUACCCAGGCUGUGAAUUUUUCAAGGAGUACAAAGAGAGGGAUUACACAGCGGAAGGGCUCGUUUUCAACUGGAAACAGGAUUUUGUCGACGCUCCACUCAGCAUCCCCACCUCUCUUACGCAGUCACUGAACAUUGACUGGAGUGAGUAUCAGAGCUGGGACUUAGUGCAGCAGACGCAGAACUACCUGAAGCUCCUGAUCUCCAUUAUCAACAGGGACGACGACAGUGGGCUCCUGGUACACUGUAUAUCCGGCUGGGAUAGAACACCUCUCUUCAUUUCCCUCCUGCGCCUUUCCCUGUGGGCUGAUGGGCUGAUCCACACUUCCCUGGAGCCUGCAGAAAUUCUUUACCUGACAGUGGCCUAUGAUUGGUUCCUCUUCGGGCAUAUGCUGGUGGAUCGGCUCAGCAAAGGAGAGGAGAUUUUCUUUUUCUGCUUCGAUUUUUUGAAGCACAUCACCUCUGAGGAGUUCUCCGCUGCCAAGCCGCUGAGAAGGAAGAGUCUGCCGCCUGGAUUUACGUUGGAAGAGAUCUGUAUGCUAAAGCAGAGGGACCGGGGCAGCACCACCAGCCUGAGCAGCGACUUCUCACUUGUGAUGGAGAACUCACCUGGGGCCACAGGGAGCUUCACCUACGAAGCUGUGGAACUGAUGCCAGCAGGCUCCCAGACUCAAGCUGCGUGGCGGAAAAACUGUGCGUCCUCCCCCCAGACGGUGCUUUGGAGUCGGGCUCAGCAACCAGAAGAUAGGCCGCUGUUCCAGAACGUGCUGGAAGCGAGGUCCUCCAGCUCCUCCUCUUCCAACCACUCAGAGAACUUCUCCCGGCUGGGCAGCAGUCCAUUGGAGGUUCCCAAAGCCAGAUCGGCUGACCAUUCUCUGCCCGGAUCCUCCAUCUCGACCGACUUUGGCAGCUGGCAGAUGGUGACGGGGAGUGGCAGUGUGCAGGAGCAGGCCGACUCCCCCAUCCCCUGCAGCUUCCCAGAUGACCUCCCCAACAGUAGCCUGCUAGUGACGCCGACGGAGCGGGAGUCCCGGCUGGACGAAGUGCGUUCGGCGUUCCUGGCUACCUACAGCAGCACAGUGGCCCUGAAGCCUGUCUCUCCCAGCCCCUCGGGAGCCAUCGGAGGCCUGCUGGAGCAGUUUGUCCGGGGCGUUGGACUGAGAGGGAGCGGCAUCCUUUGACCU